AUGCCCGACGUCCGUAUCAAUGGUCACGUUUAUGACCCAAUUACCAGCGGGCCGCCUGCUCAGACGACGGAAAACUUGCCUGAGAAGCCCGAGUCCAUUCUGAUACAACUCAAAAACGGAGCCUCUCUAGGCAAGCCAGAAAAGCGGAGACUGAAAAGCCUCGGUGUCCAUAUUCAAGAGUACGUCUGCGAUGGUGCAUAUAUCUGCAAAUACGACGGCUCAGACCUGAGUGAAGUUCGUCGGCUGAAGGAGUUCAUUUGUGCUGCAUAUGAAUACAGGAAGGAGGACACUAUCAAUAAGGAUCUUUCUAAUACCAGAGAUGCCAAAACUUGCACUGUUGAUAUCACAUUUCAUGACCAAUAUGAGUCAAACGACAAAAUUAAAAACGACAUCGCCACUGCCGCUGGGGUACCCCCGGAUAAGAUUCAGGGUGGUCUACGCAAUAUCAGGCUCACUGUUAAACCUCAAGCUCUGGAAAAAAUUGCAGCACUAAGUCCUGUCCGUUAUAUUGAGCCACACCAUCCAGCAAAGCUCUACAAUGACAGCUCCAAGGUCCAUCAACCCCUUUCAGCAGGAGACGUGGCCUACGAUGUUAAGAGCAUUAUUGGCGCAUCUGACGUUUCGUACAAAGGCAAAGGCCAGGUAAUAGCGGUGGCAGAUAGUGGGUUUGAUAAAGGGAAGACUGACGACAUCCCGGAACCAUUUCGCGAUCGAGUCAAGAAGCUCUAUGCGCUCAAAGCAGGAAAGAACUCACCGAACCGUGACCCCAGUGAUACUUCAGGACAUGGGACUCAUGUGUGUGGCAUAGCACUGGGAAAAAUUACUAGUGAUUUUCCCCUCUACGCAUCUCUCGAGGCCCCUGCGUGUGAGGCCGAACUAGUCAUGCAAUCGAUUCACGACACAAUAACAAACGACGCCCUCAAUGCUGUCCCAGCCGACCUUUACGAGUUGUUCAAGCAUCCCUAUCACUUUGAUAAUGCUCGGAUCCACACAAAUUCGUGGGGACACGAUAGCAUGGGAAAUGUCAAUUAUUACUCAAGUAAUAGCAGGAGGGUCGAUGAGUUUGUGCGAGAAAAUGAAGAUAUGGUAAUUUGUUUCGCAGCUGGUAACCAUGGGCAAGAUUCCCAGGUUCCCAACGGGGAAGCUGACCCAAAGACGAUAUAUUCAACUGAAGCCGUGGCAAAAAACUGCAUUACGGUUGGCGCAUCAGAAAACUGCCUACCGAAUAUCAAGAUCAGGGGUUCCGACCAGGGGAGAAUGUACACAUGGGGUACUUGGUACGGACAGAGAUUUCCGAAUGACCCCAUCAAGAAUCGCCAUAUGGCCUGGGGAGGCGCAAUGGCAGCGCUAAGCAGCCGCGGACCCACUGAAGAGCGUCGUUAUAAGCCUGACGUUGUUGCUCCAGGCACAGCAGUGUUGUCUGUUCGCUCUCGCCUUUGCGAGGAUAAAUCAAAUUGGGGUAUAAGCGACGAUAAGAAUCUAAUGUUCAUGACUGGCACAAGUAUGGCCACUCCGCUAGUCGCAAGUUGCUGUGCUGUGGUUCGUCAAGCUCUCAUCGAAUGUGGUACAUCAAACCCUUCCGCGGCCCUCAUCAAGGCCCUCAUCAUCAACGGGGCCACUCGCAUACCGGGACACUAUAAAGAUAUCUUGGAGGACAGUCCAAAUUCUGAUAGUGGCUUUGGCCUUGUUAACCUCAAUAACUCUUUGGUUCCCAUAAAUGAUUCCAAAGAAGGAGGCUUUAGUGAGGCAACUCUCAUCGACGAUCUGAAUAUUGUUUUUGAGAAGUCAUUGCCCGUACCUCCAGACGUACUAACAAAGAAAAACGUUGCUCUCAAAGUUACCCUCGCAUAUUCUGACUCUCCCGGUGCGGCACUCCAAAACGAUCUGAACCUGAUAGUCCGAUCUAAGACUCAAGAGAGGUGCGGCAAUAAUUCAAAGACUCUUGAGAGAUUCCCUAAUUCUUUCAGAAAGGAGGACGGCUUGGACCAUAGGAACAAUGUGGAACAAGUAGUUUGGAACGAAUGGGGCGAUUGGGAUAAAUGGAAAAACUACCAGGGUCCAGAAGGUUCGGGGGAUGCUCUUCCUGAUAAGAUUGAAAUCAGAGUACAGGCAUUCCGUGUAAUGACUGAUACACAGCCGUUUGCUUGUGUAUGGCGUUGGGUGUACGAUUAG